UUGACGACAAAAAACGUCACUCUGUGUUUGGGAAAACAUCAAGUGAACGUUAGCGCUUGCAGUGGCUAAAGAAACAAACCCAAAGCAUCCAAAUGGGAGCAUUUUAUUGCUCGAUCUGCAGAAAAACAGAUUUUACUGGAAAAGGACACAUUCAUGGGAAAAGCCACCAGAGUAAACUUAAAGUGGUUCUUGUCAAAUUCAUGGAGAAGGUCAAAGAAGCACGGCGGACCAUUAAAAAUCCCCAGGUGGAGAAAUACAGUCCCCAUCAUGACGUUAAGUUUUGGUGUUACUGCUGCUCGCUUGAGGUGCAGACACAUGUGACUGACAGUAACAUCAGUGUGAUGUAUGGAGGACUGCUGGAGCACAUGAGCACCCCAGAGCACAGGAAAAACACACACAAGUUCUGGUGGGACAAUAAAGCAGAUCCAAAACUACGAGACAAGUUUAUCAUAACAGAAGAGGAAACUGAGAGAUUCAAGGCUGAGGUUUCCAAGGCUCUUGAACAGUUUGAGGAAAAAGAGGAUGUGUUUAUUAAACAGCAAGCUGCAGUGAUCCGAUCUCAGGAGCAGCACAGACUGGAGGUCCUUCAGUCAUUAUCAGAGCCUGAUCCAGAACUGCUACAACCUGCUGAACUGGACCAGUGCAGCAAUAAACAAACAGCCAGAAGGUCCCAUAGUCGCUCUUAUGAAAUGGAAGCACAGCCCGGGCCGAGCCACAAGGAUCUCGCCUCACACAGUCAGUGGAGUGAGCCAGGACUCGGCCUAACUUUCAUUGGUUACCAGGAUGCAGCCAGCAGUGGAAAUGUUCAUACUGGUGCUGUACCGCCAUGGUUAUUGGAGGAACCUGAUGAAGACUCAGGCAGCGGACAGCAGGAAAUGGGCCCCUCACUUCAGGAGUUUCUCAAACACAAGGAGCAAGAGAAGCUCAAGAAGCUUCCGCCUAACCGUGUGGGUGCAAACUUUGACCACAGCUCACACACUGACGCCAACUGGCUGCCAUCUUUUGGACGCGUGUGGAACAGUGGCAGGCGCUGGCAGUCUAGGCAUCAGUUCAGAGAAGAGGAGGCAAAAACUAGGGGGAAGAGGAAGUGGCAAGAUGAUGGUAAAGCAACAAAGAAGCAAAAAGGCCUCAGUAAUGGAGAGUUAUGAAAUGGAUAUACCAAUUACACUGUAUGUGAAAAAUGGCAUAUAUAUUGCUUUUCUCAUAUUGAGAAUAACUAUGUAAAGGCUUCAAUUUGACAUCAAUUAUGGCUAUUAUGUUUGUUUCAGCUUGUGAAUAUGUGAAACAGUCGUUAUGAAGAAUUUGUACGAGAAAUGAACAGCACCGUUUGUGUUUCCAGUUUAUUGAAUACAUUUUUUUUUUUUGCUACA